CCGUUGGCGAGCGCAUUUCGAGCUCUCGGUCGACGCUACAGCGCAGGGUCGCGCGUUACAGCCACGCAUCCAUUCCAUCCCAUCCAUCACCCGAAUGCACGUGCCAACCUGGACUCCUUCAUCAGCUUACUACCUAGUGGCGAGGCGGUGAGGAGGGGAGCCAUCUGAGCGCGGAAACUCUCGAGCACCGCCACGGAAUACGCACGUUGUGCGAGGUCAUUUAAAAACCAACUUAGCUGCUUGGACUUUCUCUGCCGUAAGAACUCCCCUCUCUCCGGAAGAUUUGCGGGAAGGAGAGACUGAAGCAAAGGGAGGCGGAGAAGAAGCGAUCCGAUCAGAGGAAAACAGUCGCGCGGUGCUGGAUUAUUUCGGCGGGAAGCACGGUGUAUGUGACAGACGACUGAACGCUCGAGCGUAUUCAUAAUCCGUUUUUACGACGGCCCUGGGCUGGAUGUUGACAUGGUUGUGAGGGCCUGUUUCUGUCUUCCCAUUGGUCAGUGAGGCAGUGAGCUCAGCAUGAGGGCUUCAACGUAUCCCAUGAUGCACUCUGCCAGUCCUGGCCUGCUCCUGCUCAGCUUCCUCUUCUUUACUGAUGCUGACUCGCCCCCUAGAUUCACCCGAACCCCAGAGGACCAGACAGGGGUCCAGGGGGGCGUGUCCUCCUUCGUCUGCCAGGCCUCCGGAGACCCCCAGCCCAAGAUUGUGUGGAACAAGAAAGGCAAGAAAGUCAGCAACCAGAGGUUUGAGGUGAUAGACUUUGACGACGGGUCUGGGUCCGUGCUGCGGAUCCAGCCCCUGAGGACCCCCAGGGACGAGGCCAUCUACGAGUGCCACGCCUCCAACCCGGCCGGGGAGGUCACCGCCUCCACCCGCCUCACCGUCCUCCGAGAGGACCAGCUGCCCUCGGGGUUCCCCAUCAUAGACAUGGGCCCCCAGCUGAAGGUGGUGGAGCGCAGCCGCACCGCCACCAUGCUCUGCGCCGCCAGCGGGAACCCUGACCCCGAGAUCACCUGGUUCAAGGACUUCCUGCCCGUCAACACGUCCAACAACAACGGGCGAAUCAAACAGCUCCGCUCAGGCGCCCUGCAGAUUGAGCUGAGCGAGGAGUCGGACCAGGGCAAGUACGAGUGCGUGGCCACCAACAGCGACGGGACGCGCUACUCCACCCCGGCCAACCUCUAUGUCAGAGUGCGUCGCGUGCCCCCGCGCUUCUCCAUCCCGCCGGCCGACAGCGAGAUCAUGCCGGGUGGGAACGUGAACAUCACGUGCGUGCGGUGGCCGCCCAUUCCCUACGUCAAUGGAUGCGGCCGCCAGGACCUGACCCCCGAGGACGACAUGCCUUUGGCCACACGCAACGUGCUGGAGCUCACUGACGUGCGGCAGUCCAACAACUACACCUGCGUCGCCAUGUCAACGCUGGGUGUCAUAGAGGCCGUGGCGCAGAUCAGCGUCAAAGCUCUGCCCAAGGCUCCAGGGACCCCCGUGGUGACAGAGCGGACCGCCACCAGUAUCACACUCACGUGGGACUCUGGGAACCCGGAGCCCGUCUCCUACUACGUCAUACAGCACCGGGCCAAGGGCUCAGAGGACCCCUAUAAGGAGAUCGACGGCAUCGCCACCACACGCUACAGCGUGGGCGGCCUCAGCCCCUACUACUCCCCCUAGUGACGCGCGUGUGUGGCGGCCAUCAACACCAUCGGCAAGGGCCCCUCCAGCGACGUGGUGGAGGCCCGCACGGCCGAGCAGGCCCCCUCCUCACCCCCGCGACGGGUCAGAGGUCGCAUGCUGAGCACCACCACAGCGAUCGUCCACUGGGACGAGCCGGAGGAGGCCAACGGACAGGUGGUGGGCUACAGGGUCUACUACACCUCUGACAACACACUGCCCGUGAACCAGUGGGAGAAGCAGAUGGUGCGUAGCGCCAAAUUCAUCACCAUCCAGGGUAUGACUCCUAACAAGACCUACAACAUCAGGGUCCUGGCCUUCACCUCAGUAGGGGACGGACCCCUGUCCCAGGACCUGCAGAUCAUCGCCAAGACCGGAGUUCCAUCCCAGCCCUCAGACUUCAAGGGGGAGGCCAAGUCCGAGACCAGCAUCCUGUUGUCCUGGGUGGCCCCACCGCAGAGCAGCCCGGACAACCAGAUCACCGGCUACGAGCUGGUCUACCGGCGCCCUGACCACACAGAGGAGAAGGCUAGCUUUGAGCCCACCACCUCCUACCUGCUAAAGAACCUCAAGCCCUUCUCCACCUACACCUUCCAGCUGGCCGCCCGCAGCAAGCACGGGGUGGGGGCCUACACCAACGAGGUGUCCAUAGAAACGCCCCAAACACUCCCCUCUGCGCCUCCCCAGGAGGUGGUGUGCACCAGCUCCAGCUCCACCAGCGUGCUGGUAAGUUGGGCCCCGCCCCCGGAGGAGUUCCACAACGGGCUGGUCACGGGCUACACCGUGCAGUACGCGCCCACCGAGGGCAACCGGACGUCCGGGAGGGCGGAGCGCGUCCCGGCGCCGCCCUACCUCCUGGAGGACCUUCUGAAAUGGACCGAGUACGGCAUCACCGUGCGGGCCGCGACGGAGGCCGGAGAGGGGCCGGAGAGCUUACAGCUGCUGGUCCGCACUGAAGAAGAUGUUCCUAGCGGGCCCCCGCGGGCAGUGGAGGGGGAGGCGGUCAAUGCCUCGGCCAUUAGGGUGAAGUGGCGCGCGCCCGCCCCCCCGUUGCAGCACGGCCAGAUCCGAGGCUACCAGGUCCACUAUGUGAGGACCAGCUACGGGGAGCCCCAGGGGCAGCCCUCCAUCAAGGACAUCCUCAUGGAGGACUCCCAGUGGGAAUACGAUGACUCAACUCAAUAUGAGGUGCUUCUGGGAGAUUUGAAGGCAGACACGUCUUACUCUGUGUCCGUGGGGGCUUACACCGCCAAGGGGGACGGGGCACGCAGCAGAGCCCUAGCAGUCUGCACCGCCAUGCCGCUGCCGGACAAACCCACGCUUACGGUGCUGGCCACCGACUCGGCCACUGCCCUGCUGCAGUGGCAGCCUCCCCCCUCGGCCCCCACCCCGCUGCUGGGCUACCGGCUCACCCUGGGCCGGGUGGACGUGCUGCCCCUCACCGUGGUGGAGUUCCCCGCCCGUGAGCGGCGCUACACCGCCCAGGACAUCCACAAGGGGGCGCGCUACGUCUUCCGCCUCUCCGCCCGCAACAAGAUGGGCUACGGGGAGGAGGCUGCGGAGGAGGUGGCCACCCCCGAGGACUGCCCCAGCGGGUACCCGGAGGGCCUGGUGGCCCAGGAGAACACCGCCUCCUCCAUCCAGCUGGCCUGGAAGGCCGUGCCACUGGUGGAGCAGAACGGGAGGAUCAUCAAGUACUCAGUUCUGUACAGGGACAUCAACAGCAGGGGCAAUGCCUCGGAGGUUGUCGUGGGAACCCCGAACUCGAGCGUGCUGUUGGAGGGCCUGAGUGCCGACACGGUGUACGAUGUGAGGGUGUGUGCGUUUACCGCUGUGGGUCCCGGGCCCUACAGCCCCGGGGUCCAGUUUAGGACGCAGCAGCUGGGCCAAGUGUUCGCAACCAACUUUAGGGUGAAGGCGGCCAUGAAGAACUCUGUGCUGCUCUCCUGGGAGGUUCGGGACAAGAACCCUGCCCCGCCAUUCACUAUCCUGUACGGUAAGGGCCAGUCGGUGGACGUGGACGGUAAGCAGACCCAGAAGCUGAUCACGGGCCUGGAGCCCAACACCCAGUACUCCUUCCUGCUGACCAACCGGGCAAACAGCGCUGGGGGGCUUCAGCACCGGGUCACUGCCACCACUGCGCCGGACAUCCUGAAGACCAAGCCCACGCUGGUGGGCAAGACCAACGCAGACGGUAUGGUGACCGUACAGCUGCCCACUGUGGACACCACCGCCAAAGUCAGGGGUUACUACGUGGUGGUGUUACCGCUGAAGAGGCAGAGAGGCGGGAAGUUCCUGAACCCCUGGGAGGAACCGGACCAGAUGAACAUGGAUGAGCUCCUGAAAGAGAUCAACCGGACCAGUGUGAGCCGGGCCCUACGAGUCCGCAGGCAAGCAGCCCAAUCAGAGCCCAAGGCUUACGUCACAGCUCAGUUCAAGACCCUCCCCCCUGAGUUCACCCUCGGCGACGGCCGAAACUACGACGACUUCCGGAACCGUCCUCUGCUGAAUGGGCAGGAGUAUGUGUUCUUUGUUCUGGCGCUGAUGGACCUCUCUGAAAAUACCAUGUUCUCCACGAGCCCCUACUCUGACCCCGUGACCUCCUCGGAUGCCGACCCUCAGCCCAUCGUGGACGAGGAGGAGGGGCUGUUGUGGGUUGUGGGCCCGGUGUUGGCUGUCAUAUUCAUCGUCUGCAUCGUCAUCGCGAUUCUCCUCUUCAAGAGCAAACCUGACAGGAAGAGGGCUGAGGCGGAGGGCAGGAAGGGCAGCUUCCCGUGCAGCAAGGCCAUGUCCUCACACCAUCCCACAGACCCUGUGGAGCUCCGCAGGAUCAACUUCCAGACCCCAGCCUACCGAGUAUCAGUGUACCGCGGUUACCGGCGGUUGUCAAGUAUGGCGAGUCAUCCCCCGGUGCCGAUCUCGGAACUGACUGAUCACAUCGAGCGCCUGAAGGCAAACGACAACCUCAAGUUCUCCCAAGAGUAUGAGUCGGUUGACCCCGGUCAGCAGUUCACGUGGGAGAACUCCAACCUGGAGGUGAACAAAGCCAAGAACCGCUACGCCAACGUUAUUGCGUACGACCACUCCAGGGUCGUCCUCGCCAGCAUCGACGGGGUGCCAGGCAGCGACUACAUCAACGCCAACUACAUCGACGGCUACCGCCGGCAGAGCGCCUACAUCGCUACGCAGGGCUCCCUGCCCGAGACCUUCUGUGACUUCUGGAGGCUGGUGUGGGAGCAGCACACCGCCAACAUCAUCAUGAUGACCAAGCUGGAGGAGAAGUCACGGGUGAAGUGUGACCAGUACUGGCCGACGCGCGGGACCGAGACCUACGGGCUGAUCCAGGUGACCCUGCUGGACACGGUGGAGCUGGCCACCUACUCCGUCAGGACCUUCGCCCUCUACAAGAGCGGCUCCAACGAGAAGCGGGAGGUCCGCCAGUUCCAGUUCACGGCCUGGCCGGACCAUGGCGUGCCCGAGCACCCCACCCCCUUCCUGGCCUUCCUGCGCCGCGUCAAGGCCUGCAACCCCCCAGAUGCCGGACCCAUGGUGGUCCACUGCAGCGCCGGGGUGGGCCGUACCGGUUGCUUCAUCGUGAUUGACGCCAUGGCUGAGCGAAUCAAGCAGGAGAAGGCGCUGGACAUCUAUGGCCACGUGACGCUGAUGCGCUCCCAGAGGAACUACAUGGUGCAGACGGAGGACCAGUACGUCUUCAUCCACGACGCCCUGCUGGAGGCCGUCACCUGCGGCAACACCGAGGUGCCGGCCCGCAACCUCUUCUCCUACAUCCAGAGGCUGACCCAGGUGGAGCCCGGGGAGAGCAUCACCGGCAUGGAGCUGGAGUUUAAGCGCCUGGCCAGUGCCAAAGCCCACACCUCACGCUUUGUGAGCGCCAACCUGCCGUGCAAUAAGUUCAAGAACCGACUGGUCAACAUCAUGCCCUACGAGACCACGCGCGUGUGUCUGCAGCCAAUCAGAGGAGUGGAGGGCUCGGACUACAUCAACGCCAGCUUCAUCGAUGGAUACAGGCAGCAGAAGGCAUACAUCGCGACGCAGGGCCCCCUGGCUGAGACCACCGAGGACUACUGGAGGAUGCUGUGGGAGCACAACUCCACCAUCGUGGUCAUGCUCACCAAGCUGAGGGAGAUGGGACGGGAGAAGUGCCACCAGUACUGGCCCGCCGAGCGCUCAGCCCGCUACCAGUACUUUGUGGUGGACCCAAUGGCCGAGUACAACAUGCCCCAGUAUAUCCUUCGAGAGUUCAAGGUCACCGACGCCAGGGACGGCCAGUCGAGGACAGUCCGUCAGUUCCAGUUCACCGAUUGGCCGGAGCAGGGAGUGCCAAAGUCAGGAGAGGGGUUCAUCGACUUUAUCGGCCAGGUGCACAAAACUAAAGAGCAGUUUGGCCAGGACGGACCCAUCUCAGUCCACUGCAGCGCCGGGGUGGGCCGGACUGGGGUGUUCAUCACCCUCAGCAUCGUGCUGGAGAGGAUGCGCUACGAGGGCGUGGUGGACAUCUUCCAGACGGUCAAGAUGCUUCGAACGCAGAGACCCGCCACCGUCCAGACAGAGGACCAGUACCAGUUCUGCUACAGGGCCAGUCUUGAGUACCUGGGGAGCUUCGACCACUAUGCAACAUAAACAGCCCCCAGGCCCGGCCCCUUGCUCAGUGCACUCCCCUAGGCCUGUGUCUGCAGCUCUAGAGCAGUUCACUCGGCAUCUACAGGGUGCCCUCCCCACCACCCCACCCCCGCCCCCGACCCCCUCUCCCAAGAGAUGAUAUCCACCCUACAUCCAGACGGUGGGGGGGGGGAGGGGGCGAGCGGCCUACCACACACCCUGACUGAGCACCUCUUCUUGAGCCAUAGCCGUCUGCUGGACCAGAGGUGCUGACCUGCACCCCAAAGCCCAGAAUCAACCCACCGGUCUUGCUGGACGGGUGCAAGACGAAAAGAAGAAUUAUAGUAAUAAAUCCAUCAUUUUUUAGUUCUGGUUGUGUGUGAGAAGCCAUGGGGUUGCAUGAUGAUGUGAAGGUCAUGAUCCACGCAGCACCGGAGUAGCGCCACCAGCCCGCAGACCACAGGGGAGUAUCUGCAGUAUUGGACGACCACGGGAGAGCCCAGACCUUGUCGCUUGUCUUUCAGCGUGUUUUUGGGGACACCAUCUAGAAAUAGCUUCAGAACGCAUCAUAUCCAAGCCUCGCGGAGCGAAGCGGUCAGCCAACGGAGAGAGACUUGUGCGGAAGAUAAAUUGCCAAUAGGACACGGACGUUACCCAAACACAAACACAUCCAAAUCAAAAAAGACUCAAGAUGUUGUUUCGUUUUGGAAACAGACUCUCGUUUCCUUCGAGCGGAAAAAAAAAAGACAAUAUUUCUACCGUACCGUUAUCAAACAGAGAUGAACAAAUACAAAAACACCAUUUCAACCUUAUUGUCCACAUUUUCAGAUAUAAAGCAGAUCUAUAUGGGACUGGCCCGACGGUGUACCACUAUGUCAAACAUCCAUUUAGGUUUUUAAAUAUCCCCGCAAAUGUGUAUCUCCAUUUUCGUUGUUGUCGUUUUUUUUUAUUACUGACUUUUGACCUUGGUGCGUCACCCACCGGCAAGGUUGCAAAAUGUUUUCUUUUUUUAUUCUGACGACUUUUCUUUUCCCUGCGGUACUGUUCUCAACGUGUACAAUCAAAGUCAGCGCAAACGUGUUCACAGAGCAGUGUUAGCCUACGCCGCCGUUAGCCGCUACACUCGUUUCUACUAGCACACAAUGUACCGCCACACAGACACACACACACACACAGCGUCGCUACAAAUCUUACCAAGCCGUGUUAUAUGUGAUCGAUGUGUGUGUGCACGUUUUUGGCGGCGCACAACAGACACACAACUACAGUGUUAAGACCUGCAGAUCCCCCCGACAUGUCCCCCAGAAAACACUCUCCUAACACGGCUUUUUGUGCAGGUGCAGACCACUUCCGUAUUUAUAUAUAACACAAGACAGAAAAGAAUGCACAAAAUAAUAGGUUUUAUUAAAAAUAUGAAUAUAAAUAUGUCCAGAAAAAAGAUUUUGUUUUUCC